AGCACACGAAAACGAAAACGGUUGAGAAGUUUGACAGCUGUGGCGCUGGAGGGUGCGGAUCUUUUCCCGCAUAGCUCUAGUUGGUAGCUGCUGCUUUACUUCGUAGUGGGGUAGCGUCAUUGCCCCUCAGGCGCCGCUCGAGCUCAAAACAGCCUGCGGUCGCUCAGCCACCGCUUCAAUCCCUCCAAUUCCCUUUGAAUAAACACACAAAGCACUCAGACAUCAUGAGCGUUCAGACUGUCGAGCUUCAACCCUUCCAAGACCAGAAGCCCGGAACCUCUGGUCUUCGCAAGAAGGUUAAGGUUUUCCAGAAGGAAAACUACUCCGAGUCCUUCAUCGUCAGCAUCCUCAAGUCGAUCCCUGAAGGUGCUGAUGGUGCCUUCCUUGUUAUUGGAGGAGAUGGCCGUUACUGGAACCCUGAGGUCACCCAGAAGAUUGCAAAGAUCAGUGCUGCCUACGGCGUGAAGAAGCUGUUGAUCGGUCAAGACGGUAUCCUCAGUACUCCCGCUGCCAGCCACAUCAUCAGGAUCAGGAAGGCCACGGGCGGUAUCUUGCUCACCGCCAGUCACAAUCCCGGAGGUCCCGACGAGGACUUCGGUAUGAAGUACAACCUGGCCAACGGUGCCCCUGCCCCCGAGAGCGUUACCAACAAGAUCUUCGAGACCUCCAAGACCCUCACCUCCUACAAGAUCGCCGAUAUCCCCGAUGUCGACCUCAGCACAAUUGGAACACAGAAGUACGGUGACCUUGAGGUUGAGAUCAUUCAUUCAACCACGGACUACCUUGAGAUGCUCAAGGACAUAUUUGAUUUCGACCUUAUCAAGUCCUUCCUCAAGGAGCAUUCUGACUUCAAGGUCCUCUUCGAUGGACUGAGCGGUGUCACUGGCUCAUAUGGUGUCGACAUCUUCGAGAAGGAGCUCGCUAUUCCCAACAGCACACAGAACUGCGUCCCUCUGCCAGACUUCGGUGGCCACCACCCCGACCCCAACCUCGUCUACGCCAAGUCGCUGGUUGAUGCUGUCGACAAGAACGGCGUCCAUUUCGGUGCUGCCAGUGACGGUGACGGUGACCGCAACAUGAUCUACGGUGCGAAAUCGUUCGUCUCACCCGGAGACAGCUUAGCCAUCAUUGCUCACCACGCUGAGCUCAUUCCGUACUUCAAGAAGCAGGGCAUUUACGGUUUGGCACGAAGCAUGCCUACAUCAGGCGCAAUCGACCUUGUCGCAAAGAAGAAGGGUGUCGAGUGCUACGAGGUGCCUACCGGGUGGAAGUUCUUCUGCGGUCUUUUCGACUCUGAUAAGAUGAACAUCUGUGGCGAGGAGAGCUUCGGAACUGGCUCCAACCACAUCCGUGAGAAGGACGGUCUAUGGGCAGUCGUCGCUUGGCUCAAUAUCAUCGCUGGUGUUGGACAGCAGACUGGCACCACACCCAGCAUUGCGUCGAUCCAGAAGGACUUCUGGACGACCUACGGACGAACCUUCUUCACCCGCUACGAUUACGAGGGCUGCGAGACCGAGGGCGCGAACAAAGUCACUGCUCACAUGACAGAGUUGAUCACCACCAAGAAGGACGACUUUGUUGGCUCCACCAUCGCCGGCCGCAAGGUCGUCGAAGCUGAUGACUUCUCCUACACCGACCUCGAUGGCAGUAUCAGCAAGAACCAGGGUAUCUUCGUCAAGUUCGACGACGGCAGCCGCAUUGUCGUUCGUCUGUCCGGUACCGGCAGCAGCGGUGCCACUAUCCGUCUCUACAUUGAGAAGCACACCAGCGACGAAUCCACGUACGAUCAAGAUGCCCAGGACUUCCUGAAAGACAACGUCAAGCUGGCCACAGACCUUCUGAAGCUGCAGGAGUACAUCGGCCGCACCGACCCUGACGUCAAGACCUAAGCAAAUAAUGCUUUUACGCGUGUAUGAGCCAUGAGACUUCUUCGAAAUUAGCAUAGCGAAAGACAAUACCAUUUAGUCCCAGCGGCCCGUUCGUGGCUGCUUACUUUCCAA